AUGUUCGGCGCAGCGCGCAAUGCGCUUCAUCUCUCUCGCCUUCGCCUGCUGCCCGCUCUGCUACCCGUAGUUGCGUCUCAGCGACCGCGCCAUGUCUCCACUGCAUCAUUCGACCCGACCAUCCGCCAGUUCCUCGUCAAGCUCGGCGAGCACCAGCCAUGCUUCUCCAUGCACUCCUCCAAAGUCACGAUCAUGCAUGAGCCACGCAUAUUUUACCAAAAUUUGCUUAAUAUGAUCCGGAACGCAAAACAUAGAUUAUUCCUAUCGUCGCUAUACAUCGGACACGAAGAUGUUGAGCUUAUUGAAACCAUCCGGACGUCUCUACAAGAACAUCCCACUCUCCAUGUCUACUUACAUCUUGACCUUAAUCGCUCAACUCGGCCAGGCCCCGACUCAACAGCUCGGAUACUCCUCCCACUGCUGGAACAGCAUCCAGACAGAGUUCACAUCAAUCUGUUUCGUAGCCCUAUGCUCAAAGGCAUGAUGGCUCGCAUCGUGCCGCCCCGUUUCAACGAGGGCUGGGGAACCUGGCACCCCAAAAUAUAUGGCGCCGACGAUUCGUUGUUAAUUUCUGGAGCCAAUCUAAACACGACCUAUUUCUCCAAUAGGCAAGACCGAUAUCUGCAGUUCACUGAUCAACCUCGUCUCGCGGAUUAUUGCUUCGCAUUUCUGCAAGCGGCCUCAACUUUCUCGUACAAACUACUACCUUCUCCCGGCAUCAGUGGAGAAUACACGCUACAUUGGCCAGACACGUCUACGCACCCGCAUCGGAUAGAAGCUAAAGCUCAACAAGCUUUGCUUGAAUUCCAAAAGGUGCAACGUGAAACCUCUACGGUACGACCGGUCACAGCGACCGAGAAGGCAUCGUUGGACCACGAAGACGACGUCAUGAUUUUCCCAAUCAUCCAAGCCGGCCAGUUUGAUAUCAGAGAAGAGGAGCGCUGCGUGUCGCUCAUUUUUCAGCACCUUGCGGCGCAGCAGAAGUACACUAUUCCCCAAAGGUGGCUACUUCUCGCUUCACAAACCGUAUCAGCGGCGGUAAUGAAUUCACAUAUUGCGUGUCGAAUAUUGGCUGCCAGCCCCAAGGCAAACGGAUUCUACGGUUCGAAAGGCAUCUCCGGGCGCAUCCCCGAGGCGUAUACGUUAUUCGAACGGCGCUUCAUGGCCGCCGUACGCCAAGCAGACCUCGAAUGGCCUGCAUCCUCAUCUUCUGUCUUCCCCGGCGUGCAGCUGCACGAAUGGGAGCGCGACGGCUGGACGUACCACGCAAAAGGCAUAUGGGUCCGUCCCACACCGACCGAGCCCCCCGCGUUGACGCUCUUCGGCUCCACGAACCUCAACUCGCGCUCCGCCGCGCUCGACACCGAGCUCUCCUUCGUCCUCGCCACGACGUCCCCCACGCUCCGCCAACGCCUCGCGGACGAGGUCGACCACCUCCGCGCGCACGCGCACCCGUGGCGCGGCGCGCAGGACUCGGACUCGCGCCGCGUCCGCCCGGGGACGCGCGCGCUCGUCGCCGUCGUGGGAGACAUGUUGUAG